AUGAUUGUAUCCACAUCAAUGAACGCGGGAGAAAGAGCCAGGGCUGAAGCUGAUGACACGGGUAAAGGUGUUGCGUCUUUAGCUACAGAUCUGGAUUCUCGGAGUGCAGCUGCUGAUGGCACAAAAGUUAAUGCCGAAACAACAAAAACCAAGGUGUCAGAGAGUGACACCAAGCCUUUAGGCCCUAGAAUUACCAAAGACUUCUUAAGGGAGCACUGCAAGAAAAACAAACUGUACCUGACACCAAGGCUGAAUGACACACUUUAUCUUCACUUUAAAGGUUUUUCUUGUAUAGAGGGUUUGGAAGAAUAUACUGGCCUGCGUUGCUUAUGGCUCGAGUGUAAUGGCAUUCGGAAGAUUGAGAAUCUGGAGAAUCAGACAGAGCUUCGCUGUCUGUUCCUCCAUCAGAAUCUCAUUCACACUCUGGAAAACCUGGAACCACUCAGCAAGCUUUGCUCGCUCAAUGUCUCGAACAAUUAUAUUAAGGUCAUUGAGAACAUAUCGUGUUUGAGCGACUUGUCCACUCUACAGAUCUCUCAUAACACACUGGAGAAUGUGUGUGACAUGGAGGAGCUUUCACACUGUCCAUCCAUCAGUGUCCUUGAUCUGUCCCACAAUCACAUCAGUGAUCCAGCCCUAGUUAAUAUUCUAGAGAAAAUGCCUGACUUGCGGGUGUUAAAUCUAAUGGGCAAUGAAGUCAUUAAAAAAAUCCCAAACUACAGGAAGACUCUGAUUGUGCGUUGUCUGAAGCAGCUGACCUAUCUAGACGAUCGGCCUGUAUUUCCCAAAGAUAGAGCAUGUGCCGAAGCCUGGGCAGCUGGUGGUUUGGAAGGUGAGCAAAAAGAAAGGGAAAUGUGGCAAACAAGAGAGAGAAGGAAGAUCCAGGAAAGUUUGGAUGCAAUGACUGCUAUUCGAGAGACUGCUCUGAAACGGCAGCAGGACCGAGAGCUUUCAGAGAAAGGAAUUAUAGAGUUUCCAAGUCCAGUUGCUGAGGACCAGAGCCCUCAUGAUGAAAUAUCAGAUAUUGAACCAGCAGAGAGUGACUCGGAUAGUAAAACAACACAAGAACAAAAUGAUGCAUCUCCAUCAUCAUCAGAGAUGGACAACAAUUUCAACUCUGCAUCUGAUGAGGAUCAGAUUAUUCAAAACAUACUAAAUGAUUCAGACCAGUCAAAACCAGAAUGGAUUGAGAGUCUUCAUCCAUCAUUUGACCAGGAACAGAUUAGUCAAUCAGCAGCAUGGGGACUGAAGCCUAAAGAGGAGAAGAAUCAGAUUAUGAGCAUCUACACAAAACCAUCACAGUCCGAUCAGAGCGUUUCAGUCUCAGUCUCAGGUCCCGGUGCUCUUGUCACUGAACUGAUCUCUGAGGAUGAAAUAGAGUCUAUCACCCUGUCGGAUAAACCGACACUAACAAUUGAUGAUCUUCCAGAUCUUGAAGAUGAAGAAAAUAGCCCCAUACUCCAAAUAACAUCACAGAGUGGGAUCCAUCCAAAGAUUGAGGUGAUCCCGGGUGACACAGAGUCAGAAGCUGUUAAGAGUUUGUAUCACUGGCCUCAGACAGACACCGUGGCCCUUGAUCAAUCUCAGCAGCUUAUCAGUGUCUCAACUAAGAGAACUAAGAGUCCUGCCUUCACCAGUCUAGCAGAGGCUGGAGAUGACAUCCCAAAGGCAACGGAAAAAAGAAAGACUGUUCUGAUUGAGGAACUGGACUGAGUCUUUGUGAUUGAAUGGAAUAGAUAUAACCAUAUUGCGUCUGAAGGCCUUUCAGCACAAACAUUGAAUAUCAAAAUAUAGGGCUUGUACCAUAUAGAUAAAGA